GGGCGCGCCAACUCGUCUUCGUCGGCAGUCGCGGGUAGAAGGCGUGGCAAGAUCGACGCGCCUGCCGCGCGCAGCGAACUUCUUUCCUCCUCCCUUCGUUGGCUCGCCGCGUCCGACCGACCGCGCGGUUGUUUGAAGCGCGGCGCGCACGCACGCGCACGAGUUGCGGCGGACGUGACAACGAGGUUGCUCCGUUCGCUGCGAUGUGUCAAACUGGCCGCCGAGCUUCGCCGCUGCUCCUCUUGUUCUCUCCUUCCUCAUCAACUCGCUGCGCCGGUUCGACGCAGCGGAAGCCGGCAGCGUCGGCACGUAUUCUCGGCCUCGUCGUCCCAGCGGUCUCGUUAGCGUACCACUGCCAUUAACUCGCCUGUUCUGACACUUCUUUCCUUUCUCUUCCUUUUCUUCUUUUUUGUGUUUUAUGCGCAACAGCCAGAGGCUGCUUGCUGUGUCGCGGGUUGCGUAAGGCAUCGGUGCUGUGACCGACGAGUCAGGCGAGCUUGCUUGGCCGCAGACUCUGGACUCAAGUGCGAGGAGGGAAGAUAAAGUGAACAAAACAAGAAAGCCUGUUCGAAAUCGGUGAAGCCCACUCGUAAUAAUCUGACGCAAGGAUUGUUGGGAGGUUAAUACGGUUCGGGCCUCGUCAGACUUCGAGGUUCACGAGAACCGACGGUGUUUCGAACUCGGCGGAUCUCUGCGGCGAGCGCUUCUGAGGUUGUGAGCCCGCGCUUCACCGUUAGUGAGGUGUGCCUGCGAAGAGUGUGACACUGCCGGGUGACCCGCUCCACGAGGUGUCACACGCGUCGGUCAGCGUGCGGUGCCGGAGGAGAAGUUCCGCGAGAAAGGCGUGGUCGCCGCCGACGGGCAAGCUCGCCGUACGCAGCGCGCUGCGGCGGCUGGGUUCCGGCGUCGCGACGAAGCUCCUAGCGUUCGCCGAGCGGAUGCGCUCGUUCUGGAUCUUCUGGAGGCGCAGGCACAAGGUGGGACAGCGCCACUGCGAGGAAGACGCCCACGAGCUGUGCGUAAACGAUGCCAACUGCGAAGCGGAUGGUCGUCACCGCCGGUUCUUCCUCAAGUCUGGCGCUUCGGGACACAGUCCUCGGCCAGCUGCUGUGCGCGUCGACAGCAGCAGCAGCAGCGACGAGGAGGAGGAUGACGAAGAGGAAGAAGACGAAGACGAGUACGAGGAUGAGUACGAGUACGAUGACGAGGACCUGACAUGCAACGUGUGCGAACGCUCCUUCUCCACGGCCCGUCGGCUGUCUCAGCAUCAACAACGCAAGCGCCACUUUGGCUGCCCCGUGUGCGACGCCAUCUUCCCGUCGCCGCUCGCCCUGGAAAACCACCGGGGCUCCAUGGAACACUGGUCGGACGAUGACGACGAUGACGACGACCAGCAGGAGUCGCAUUCGAGGCAGCAGCACCGUAGCUGGUGGGGAUGCGACGACGAAGAAGACGACCUGGACGACGAGGAAGACGAAGAGUCCUCGGAGGAAGACACCGACUUGGACGACGUCGAGUCGGGCUCCAACUCGCAGGAGCUCGAGCGGCUCUUGUGACUGCUGUGGCCGGGCGCCGCUCACCUCGAUGCCGCCCAGGGCGGCGCUGGGCGGCGCUGCUGCUGCGCUGCUGACGUCACGCGCUACUGAAGCGACUCGCGUCGGCCGGAUGAAAGAAGAUGACGACAUCAGCGACGUGGGUGAGUGAAAGGAGAUAACAAAGGCAACUUCAGGUAAGUGUCGGCCGAACAGCAUUAGCUUGUGCACUGUGGACAACGUCGCUCCAGGAGUCUUGAACGGUCAUUUACCGGCGAAAGAGAAGUGCUUUAAGGACAUGCAAAGCCACCUGCUGGUCAGCCGCAGAGGACCACAAUUGUGGGAGACGUGACGCAUUGGCCAUGCUCCAGAAAGUGAAUCCUCCAAGAAGUGAUCCGGCGAGUGAUCCCACACCGACUGACUCUUGGUGAAGUGGUCCUUCGGUCGCCGUCGAUCUCAACGCUUGUGAGAUGGGACCUUUUCGUGAUUGUUAUCGACGCCGGGCAUAGAGCGCCGACAUUGGUGCCGAAAGUAUUCAGCAUAGUAUUUGAUGUAGUAACCAGUACCACGACUGCUGUUUUCCUGUUACAUUUUUUUUCGCAGUUUCCUUUAUUCAGUGCGUUCGCUUUCAUCUGUUCGCACUCAAGGAAUCUCCGAAAUUUGAAGUGUCUUGCUUUAAAAAUAUCUGCAUUUUGUGAGCUUGUUUGCCUCCAAAUCUAGGUGGACUAGAAAGGACGCCUCCUAUAUAUGGUUCAGACAUAUUGAAUGAAGAAUUGCAGUGUGUAUGAUACGGAAGUGUGUAUGAUACAAAUACGGAAGCUGUCGCGAAUAUUGUUUCGACAGUGAACAGAAAAUAAAAUAAACUUGUUGAUUUUCCGUGAAAAACUGGCAA